CAAUCUUUUUUUGUCUUUAUUAUAGAAUACUUGUUUGUUUUCUCAUUGAAGUUCGUCACUGAAAGGAAGGAAGGAAGGGAGAGAGAAAAAAAAAAAGGGUGUCACCAUCACCAUUGUUGUUUUCAAUUUGUUUUUAGUUUGAUGCAGAAAGCUACAUGAAUUUGUGCCAACAAUGAGAGAUGAGAACUCGAAGAAAAGCAAGUUUUCAUGGCCUAAAACACUGGUCAGGAAGUGGUUCAAUAUCAAGAGCAAAGAUGAAGAUUUUCAAUCAGAUGAUGUCUUCUACAAUGGUGUUGAUGAAGAUUGGAGGAGCAACAACACCAACUAUUCACAGAAGGAGGAAUGCACUAUCAAGAAAAGCAAAGCAGAGAGAGCGAAGAGAAGGCAUUCGGAUAGAAUUCGGCGUAGUAGGAUUGACCAUGAUACGGCUCAGAUAAUCGAUGUGCAUAACUAUAGAAUCUUUGUUGCAACUUGGAAUGUAGCCGGAAAAUCUCCGCCGGAUUAUUUGAGUCUUGAAGAUUGGCUUCACAGCUCUCCACCUGCUGAUAUCUAUGUUCUUGGGUUUCAAGAAAUAGUACCUCUCAAUGCCGGUAAUGUUUUGGGGACAGAAGACAAUGGCCCUGCCAGAAAAUGGCUGACUCUUAUUAGGAAGACCCUAAACAGUCUUCCAGGAACAAGUGGGGAAUGCAACACUACUUCACCACUUCCUGAUCCUGUGGUGGAGCUGGAAGAUGAUUUCGAGGGAUCGACGAGGCAGAAGGCGACCUCUUUCUUCCAUCGGAGGUCUUUCCAAUCCUUGAGUCGUAGUAUGAGAAUGGAUGCUGACAUGUCAAUGCCUCAACCGUGCCUAGAUCGUCGUCUCAGUGUCUGCGAUAGAAUGAUAUUUUCUCACCAGGCAAGUGACUAUGAUCCCAGUUACAAAUGGGGUUCCUCGGAUGAUGAAAUCGGGCCUGCUGACUCCCCGGUUGCAGCACAGUAUUCGCCGGUGUCAUAUAGAGGUUUCUCCAUGGAGAAUAGAGAUAGAAGGAAAGGGCACUCCAGAUACUGCUUGGUUGGUAAAAAGCAAAUGGUUGGGAUAUUUCUGACAGUUUGGGUGAAAAGUGAUAUCAGAGCCGAUGUUCACAACAUGAAAGUUUCUUGUGUUGGCCGAGGAUUGAUGGGAUAUCUCGGAAACAAGGGCUCCAUAUCAGUUAGCAUGUUUUUGCACCGAACAAGCUUUUGCUUCAUCUGCACACAUCUUACUUCUGGACAAAAAGAGGGCGACGAGCUGCGCAGGAAUUCGGAUGUAAUGGAGAUUCUCAGAAAGACAAGGUUUCCCCGAGUCAACGGCGACGAGAGUUCUCCACAGACAAUUCUAGAACAUGAUCGAAUAAUAUGGCUGGGGGAUUUGAAUUAUCGGAUAGCCCUUUCUUACCGUGCAGCAAAAGCUCUUGUCGAGAUGCAUAAUUGGAAGAUUUUGCUAGAAAAUGACCAGUUGCAUAUAGAGCAGAGCCAAGGUCGUGUCUUCGAAGGAUGGAAUGAAGGGAAAAUAUAUUUCCCUCCAACAUACAAGUAUUCAAACAAUUCAGACAGAUAUGCAGGCGAUGAAAGACACUCGAAACAAAAGAGAAGAACUCCAGCAUGGUGUGAUCGAAUCUUGUGGUAUGGAAGAGGCCUCCGCCAAUUAUCUUAUGUUCGUGGAGAGUCAAGAUUCUCCGAUCAUAGACCGGUUUAUAGCAUAUUCCUGGCAGAAGUUGAAUCUAUUAGUCGUAGCCGAAUAAAAAAAUGUUCCAGUUGCACCAGUUCAAGGAUUGAAGUAGAGGAAUUACUGCCUGAUCCAGAUGGUUACGGUUACCAUGAUUUUAGAUUCUUUUCAUGAAUUGUCUAAAGUACUUACCUUGCCGAUCAACUUGGCGAAGUUGAAGCUAAGCAACCGAAGUAGCAAGUACAUACAGGGUGGUCACUGAUAUGAGGAAUGAUGAUAGCCCCAAUGGUGAUAGAGACAUUCAGUUAUACUCUCCCAAUUUCCCCAAAGAAGCUGCACAAGCUUGAUUGUUGCUAACAACUUCUGACACUUUGGAUCUUUUUGCUGCUUCACAUUCUUUCUUGGCUCCAUGGAAGUUCAAUUAAAUGAGGGAAACAUGAGAAGAAUUAGAGAUGUGAUGGACACUCAUUGCUUGUGUUAGAAAAGAAAUGUGCAAGUUCUGACGGAUAUGAAGCUUCUUUUGUUGGCUAAAUUUUUUUUAAAAUAUUGGGCGAAAGUUAAUGUAAUGCAAAUUAUGACGUGGCUGUGUAUUUUGCUGACAUAUAGGAACGAAAAACAAAAAAUAAAAAAGAGUAGAAAUUAUUGGAGGCAUUUGAUGUCUGGUGGGAACGAUUAUUUGAUAUAAAUGGAGUGAUUUGUGAGAAAAAAAAAUUUGUCAGCAAUUUCAGUCUAGAGGAAUUAUUUUUCCAUAAUCAAAUAUUACACUGUUGUUGAUUCAUUUACAUGUAUUACACAU